AUGACGUCUACACAAGGAAAUAGAGUUUACUCUCGUAGUGAUUACGAUGAAACAUACAAACUCAUCAUCACAAAUAUCUUGGCCAAAGUAGGAAUCCGUAUGACAAGAAAGGACUCGAAAUAUGCCAGGCUCGGUUGGAACAUUUUCUUCUGUUUCGGAUUCGGGAACAUGGUGGUAACUCUGUUCCUGGACCUGGUGACCUUCCAGGAUGUGGUCAGGAGUGGUGUCGGGGAAGACGGGUACAUAGUGUUCAUGAUGCUGCCCUGUAUGGGAUACAUGGCCUUAGCAAUGUUAAAGACGUACAAGAUGGUAUACAAGCGAGACGUGUUUGAGAACUUGAUUUCUGAGCUCCGGGAGAUGUGGCCUGAAGGGCUUGUGACGGAGGAGGAGCAUACCAUCAUCAGCAGAGCUCUCAAAGAACUGAACAUUAUCGUUAAAGGGUACUACUGGUGCAACCUAGGCCUUGGGGUGAGCUUCAUGGCCCCCUCAUUCGUAGUGGCUAUCAGGCGCAUUUUCGGAGCUGACAUCCCUCCAAGCUUGCCUUAUUUCUACUGGCUUCCAUAUGACCAGUCCCAGCCGGUUGCCUACGAGUUCACUCUGGUCAUGAACACUUAUCAUACUCUGUUAACGCUGUGGUACAUGCUUGCUGGUGAUCUUCUGUUCUGCGUAUUUCUUAGCCACAUCACCACCCAGUUUGAUUUGAUGAGCGUCCGAAUCACGAGGCUGUUCCAAGUACCGGUAGACCAGCAGCUCAUACCUGAAUAUCCGUUAGGACAGCAAAUUAAAGAUUUUCCGGAAAAUGGACACCUUCUUCGACUAAGUAACAAUGAAAUUAAUUCUAAGCAAGAAAAUGAGCUAAAGAAAAUUAUAGUGCGACAUAAUGCAUUGAUCAGAUUAUCUGGAGAUGUCGAGGAUUUAUUUAGCUUUGCCAUAUUCAUAAACUUCUUCAACAGCUCUAUUAUUAUCUGUUUCUGUGGAUUUUGCUGUGUUAUGAUUGAAAAGUGGAACUCGUUGAUGUACAAGACGUUUCUAGCUACCUCCCUUUCCCAGACGUGGCUUUUGUGCUGGCAUGGUCAGAAACUAUUAGAAUCUAGUGAAAGAGUGGCAGAUGCUUUGUAUAAUAGUGGAUGGUAUACCGCAGCUAAUGGAAUAAAGAAGUCUAUUCUAAUAAUGAUUCACAGAUCUCAGAAAAACGUUUACGUUACAACUUAUGGAUUCUCAAUUAUUUGUUUAGCAAGCUACACCACUAUUAUCAAAACUGCUUGGUCGUACUUCACGCUUCUUCUCAAUACUUAUAACCCAUAGACAGAGUUAAGCAAAUGUUC